AGUUCAUUUUUUCACUGACCUCCCUCCUCUUGAUCCUCCCCAGUACUCAGAGCCUUUCUUUUCCCUAAAAUGCUGCUAGUGUAUGAAUUUGCCUGCGCAUGCAUAUGUUGUAAUUACAAUAUCUUAGAAAUUCAAAUUCAAAUUUUUUAUGUUCGUUGCGUAUUCUGUUUCUGCACGCAAACUCAAGUCAUUUGAAUCCAGACAACUAGAAGUUAUCCGAAGUUCGACUUCUUCUACUUUGAUGCAAAAAUAGGAUUCGCAAUUAAGUAUCUACAUUUCAGAACCUCCAGGGUAGGUUCUUGUGUAACUAAAUAUUUGGAUUAUUGAAAAAGACUAAGAUAUAUAAGAACGCACAUCAAGAUACAACUUGAAAUAACCGUCGACCAUUGACAUUGACUGGAUUUUCUUCUGGACUGAAAAAAGAUGAGUAGUGCGCAUUUCGUUUACCCGUCUAGUGGGGAGAACCCGUGGUCAAGGAUAUUGUCUGGAGAUGCGGCCAGAGCAUGGCGUCGGGAGUUGCAGCCAGUGGAUGUUAGGUACUAGACUCUACUAGAUUAUUUGUCGCCGCCCUACAACUUUGCAUGUCCUGUUUUGAUUGACUGAAGAAAAAUGCUUCCACCUCUGUAUCGCUUGAUUCACUUUCUUGUGCUAUUUUUACUACUUGUUCUUAAAUAAUAUCAUCUUGUGCUAGUUGUGCAUUAAUAUUUCUAGCUUGCUUUUUCUUGAUGACAAACACAGGAAGAACAUCAACUAUAUCUCUGAUGUUGUUACUUCCUGCAACUACAGGCACUACUCGCAGGCUCGGCCUCGACUUUUUGAUAGUUCGGACCCACGUGAGGCUGUGCGUUUGUUGCGUAACAAAGAACUGAGCAAGGACCCGCGUCAUAUCUGUCGUAGACCUGGCAUGGAUUAUGAUGCUUCGCAGAUGUUUCCGCCAACGUUGUUGGAGAAUGAUAAUCGUAGUACUUCUGCAUCCAAUAGCACCGCGAAAUCCACGCAUAUGGGUGCGAAGAGACAGCAGGAAAUAGUUGUUGAGGGUGGAAAUAUGGGAACUAACAUCAGGAAGGAUAAUGGGGACAAACAAACGAGUAGCCCGACAGCGGCUAGCCCGACGAGCAUUAAGCCGGCCACGUCACCCGGUGGAGGUAGAAGAGGAGAUAUUUCGACCUCUCCGUGCCCACCGACUCGAUCACCCCCGCAAGUGCAACAGCAGAAAAAAUCAGUAGUCGUGUUGAAACCCGGUGAACUUGCGGCAUCCAGGGCCGCCACUGCUCCAUUUUCUUCUCCCACAGAAAAAGUGGAUACCGUAAUGGCAUCUUCUUCUACAACUCAUGCCGCUGUUCCUGUGAAUGCGACAACUUUAUCAUUGUUGUCCAAGAACGAGAACGACGAGCAGAUCGAGACGCUGAAUAACAAUAAAUCAUCCGCCGGAGCUCCAGGCGCGAGUCCUUCUUCAGUACGCUCUUCCAGACCCGGUGCUUCCCGUGUAUCGCAAAAGCAGGCGAUGUCGCGCACCGCGCACGAAGGCUUCAUGGGAGCGACGAAACUGGGUACUGAAUUUGGCGCCGGAAUCCACACCAAGAGUCGUCGGCCGAUCAUCUCGCGCGCUCCGUCCGAUCCAGGGCUGACUACUGCACGUCAGGAAGAGGAGGAACUCUGCCUCUACAGAACGGGCCGGGAGGAUCGCGAGUGGAGUCAGGAUGUCGAUCAUCGCUGGAGCAGGCCAAGAAUGACAAACUAUUGGACUCACGAAUGCGCGAGCAGAAUAGCGUACUUAUAAAAUUAGAUAUAUAUAAAUAUACACAUGGGCCAGAACUGGGAGGGUACCAGAAGGGGCGGGAGUAUACUCACCCGACAAAAAAGGUAGGAACUCCGACAAAAAAGGCAGAAACAGAGGGCGGCCAAAAGGUAUAAGCCUACAAAAAUAAGAGCCACAAAGGCUGAAGAAUUGCCAGAAAAGGCAGAACCUGAAGCCGCGCAGGAGAGGACAGGAAAGGCCAGAAGACAGCCGCAGAAGCGAACACACCAACGAGCAGCCAGCAGCCAACGAGAGAAAGAGAGAAGCGCAAAGAACCACGCCAAGCGACCCGAGGGCGCCCUCGGUGAUUGAGCAACGACAACCCCACACGACACACCCAAAGCCGGCCCCAGUGCCUCCAAGCGGGACCAGACGAGAACCGACGGAGACGAGCGACGUUGGCGACAGCGCGCGCGCGCAGAGCUCAGGGGUGCCACACACGCGACACAAAAAUCCGCCGCACACCAUCUCCGGGGAACAGGCUUCAACUACGCGACGCCCGAGGGCUUUGCUCGAAACCUGCCGCAAAAGGCUGACGCACACACUUCAAAACGAAAGCGGCCCGCGGAGCGAAAAAGCAGCGCAACACUGUGGGGGGGCGGGGGGAUCGCAAAAGGAGGAAGCGCGCCGCGAAGCUCUUGCUGCUUGGCAGCUGCCUGCGCGCCUACCUCUGGCGGGUGCGAGGUACUGGUGCGGCAAAAGCGGGAGAACAUAGAGAAACGAAAAGCGCAGCAGGAUGCGCCAAGCCUGAGGGACCGGCCGCAGCUUGGUGGGAGUUCUGCCAGGAGCAGGACACUGCGCGGCCAAGCGCGCGCGGCUCCCCACCGGGUCUGGGUGCGCAUAACACAGGCAGCAGGGGCGCUGCGCUGACAGUAGAGUGGGGGGAGCACCCUACGAGGACGAGGGCCAAGGUCACGCCGGCCUCCUAUUUUCUGGGCCCCUUCUGAUACCGCAGCCCCAAUCUUUCUUGGGACCAUGUUGGCCCCAGUAUUUCCAGGGACCUAACCCGAACAAUAAAUAUGGGACCCCGCCGGAAAAUAAGGGCUUGGGAUUUUUGCGGCCAUGGUCCGCUUAAAGGGGGAAUAACACCGGGACCUUCAUAAUACAGGGGGCUCACUUUUUCUGGUCCAUACAUGAUGUAUAUAUGUUCCAGGGUUCCGGGCUGAAGGCCCCCCGAUCUAACUUUUUGAGGGGGGGCCUCCCAGCCCCGGCCCCUUUUUUCGAGAGGCUGCCGGGCGGGAAGGCCUCGAAGCGCCCACCUCUGACCCCUUCUGCCCCGCUCCUUGCUUGGGCUCUCCUUGCAGCGCCACCAUGCCGGAGGCGUUGAAGCACUGAAGGGCGGGCUUGGAAGGCUUCUGAGUGUGGCAAUGGCAAAGGUGGCAACGCUGGACCCCCUUGGCGUGUGGCUUGUACCCUCAAGGCUGGACUCUUUUGGCGUGUGGCGUGUACCCUACAGACCCGGCGAAGGCGGCAAGGCCGGACCCCCUUGGCUUGUUGGCUGUUCCCUACGGACCUGCUGAAGGUCGCAAGGCUCGCUGGACCCCCUUGGCGUGUUGCGUGUGCCCUACAGACCUGCUGAAGGCUGCAGGGCUGGGCCUCACCUCCUUGGCGUGUUGUAUGUACCCGCCAGACCUUGGGGCGCCUCCUUUCUUUCGGCUCUUUGUGCCGUUGGUUCUCUUCUCUUGGGCGUUGGAAGGUUGGAGCCAUUGGCGUCGCUCUGUAAAACUAACAGCCCCCCCAUCCUAGUAGUUAACCCUCCCCAAGUGGUUCCUUUUUUGCAGUACUCUGGAGUCGAGUGGCUGCCGUCCUCCUUGGCGUGGAGUUGGGUCGCGCUUUCGCUGCGCCUGAGGCGUGUGGUCUUGCUUGCGCUGACCCGCCGGCCUCUUCUUCUUUCGGGGCAUCCCUGGGCCAUGCUUUUGGCUGCCUCUGGGACAUCCUCCCGGUGGCGCUUGGGAUUUGGCAUCCCCGUACAAAGAACAACGACGAGAAACUUAAGACGCUGCGAACGGGGUCCCCGUUCGUGCCGAAGGUGUCCCUUGUGCAUAGGCGUCCAGGCUACGGCUCCUGGGGCAAAGUUUCGGGCUUUGUUUAGUUGUUCAGUAGGUGCGUGUGGGUGCUGUAGUCUGGGAUUUAGUCUGUUUAGGAAUGUGGAGCGUAGUCGGCGUUGCUUGUAGUCUCACCCCUCCCAGCUGGUGCUCUGGUUGUGCGGCAGUGGAGGCGAGUGCGAGGGUGUGGCCGUCUACCCCCGAGUAGUUUCGCUCGCUUUGGGGUGUGGUGCUCGCCACGUGUCUUUGAAGUGGUCUCCCCUUCGUCCUCUCACGUGAUCCCUACUGCCUUUGGCAGUGCCUUGGCCCCUUCCGGCGGGGCGUUUGGCUUCUUUCUUUUUCCCUUCCUUUGGUCGUGAGGCGGGCUCCCCUUUGUCCUCUCUCUCACGUGACCACUACCGCCCCAGGCAGUGCCAUCUCCCUCCCAGGCUGGUCGGCUGGCUUCUCUUUCCUUCUCCUCUCACUCCUACCCCCCUGCCUGUGCUCUGGCUGGUUGUGCGGCAGUGGAGUCGAGUGUGAGUUUGUGGCCGUCUACCCCCGGGUAGUUUAGCUCGCCUUCGGGUGUGGGGCUCGCCGCGUGUCUGUGAUUCGUCCUCUCAUGCGACCACUACUGCGCUAGGCAGUGCCGUCUUCCUUUCAGGCUGGUCGAUUGGCUCCCCUUUCCCUCUCCUCCUCUCUUCUUGUUGGCGAAAAAAAGGGAAAGGAACUCGCCCCGUUCGCUCCUUGGCCCGGGUUUAGGGCGUGGGCCCCCAACUCUUGGCAGUGUGUUGCGUCUCCGACGUGGCAGCGCUGCGAGGGGGGCCGCGGGUUUGUUGUUUUCGGUUCGCAGCAUAGUGGGCGAAGCACUGCGCUCGCCUUCCCCCACUGUGAUACAUACGCCAGAGGCCACCACGCCAAGGAAGGGGGCUUCUCGUCCCUCGUUCUGCUCUCGUCCCUCGUUCUAUCUUCUCUCCUCGCUCGUUCUGCCCUCGUCGCUCGUUCUUCUCUCCUCGCCCUUCGUCCAGUUCCACCACUGUGCUGCACCACAGACCAUACCACAGGGGGGGCCUCCCUCCCUGGUACAUGUAUAGCUAUAGAUAUACAUACUUAUAAUAUAUGUAUACAUUACUGUGCAAUGAAGCGCUUCUUUUUCGUUUAUACUUGGCUUGAUAUGGUUCAAAAUUAAUUCCAUUUCCAAGUUUGGUAGAUUGUUAUAGAGUGAGAGUCACAAGAAUAGUUGCUAUUGCUGUGUUCAUUCUCUACGAUUCGUCUUCGUAAUCUUUCUAUCUCAAGCUCAACUACCUAGAAGAAGAGCAACUACAAGUAGAUGCUGCCCUAUUCUCCUUUUUGUCGAAAACUUGUUAACCAGGUAUCAUACCCUAGCGGACUUUAGAAAGGCCGUUAAAGUCGAUGGUGACCUGAAGAUUGCAGGAAAGAAUGCAGGGAUGACUGUUCCUGAGUACCGACAGACAAUGGCCUACGGGCAGUUCUCUAAAGUCAAGCGAGGCGCGCAGAGCGAUAUGAAGGAACAGCUUGACGAACAAAACCACUAUCAUUGGGGCAAUGAUAAGCCUUUUGAAAACGGUAUACAACUUAUUUGCUCACGGAGUGAGGAAGAAAGAUACAAAGAUUGUUCCACCACUUCCAUCUCACCAAUACAUCUUCUUCGAAUAAUCUGCGACAAUACCAACUCUCUUCUUCUACAGAUGAUGUGUACUAUCCGGAUACGAAUGUGUCGGCUCGUCGAUUGACGUGGAGCGCAGCGGACUUCGGCAAGCCGCGGGACGACUGGUCGCGACCAGGCCGACUGCAGGCGUACCAGGAGCAGCGGGGAAUGCCUAUGGCCAUGAACGAAAUGAGGAGUCGACGCCGGGAUGAGCUAGAGGCCCUGAAGAUGCAGCGACUCAGCAAGACCCAGGUGUUUGGAGAUAACUGCGGGGACGCUUAUCAUCCGGGAAAGAGGUACGUCCGCGGAGAGUACGAGCUGCCGAAAUUAUGGAAUCACGUGGAGUCCGCUGCCUCGCCUCCCGGAAAAUACUUCGUGAACGACAUCAAGAUGAAGAUGGGCAACGCAGAUACCGGACUCGCAGCAGGACUCGGCUCUGACUACAAGUCAUCCUUCUUAGCAGAGUAUCCGCCAAACGACGCGUAAUACGGAGAUGCAUGGUCGUGAAGAUCUGACCGGAAAAACAAGCACAAUUUAAACAUCAAUCUAAUAUCGAAGCGCGCUGAUGAUGCAAAGUUUUGGAUAGAAGUUGUAUGCAAGAAAAAAGCUAGCCGAACCAUGGUAGUAUAAACUACAGUAUCUGACUAGAAAUUGAAGAUCAACACGAAUAAAGAUGCCAGAGGUCAAUUUGCCAUGGGAAAAAACUGUACCAUAUUUUGAAGCAAGGUGUCUAAACAAUAUUCGUGACGCUGGAGCUAGCUCUACCUAAGGGUUUCGGAAAUGUAUUUAUCAUUACUCUUUUUGGUGGGUGUCUGUCAUCAUGAUAACGAGCUUACUUGUCGUACUAAUAUGCUGGGAUAUUCUGGUGCAUUGUGAUUAAUCAUGUUGUUUUUAAGCAUAGAUAGAAAUAGAACAGGGUUUUGUGGGGAUCUUUACCGUUGUACAAAUCUCCGAAGGUCCACAUCUACUCGAACAGAUCAACAUAGUAUGAACGCGACUCUAUCGAGAAUGUAUAGCGAACACGAAUAAAAAGAAUAAUAUCACUCUACGACUUCAAAAUAGAAUGUGCAAGUAUAAUACUUAUACUUCCACGAUGAAAUCUUCAAUAUGAAACACGACAACUCAUGGGCAUUCGCUUUCUUGUAUAGAUCAUGGAUGCAUCUUCUUUUAUGUAUAAUAUGUUGUUUGAAUUCGUUCCGCAAAUAUCGACGUAUGACGCUUUCAUCGUGUUGCGCUCCCGUCUCGAAAAUGGGAGAGUGUCCGG